GGCAUGAGCGCCCUGCCGUUACCGCUCCUCCUGCCGUACAGUUGCCGCGUCGGGGCCUAACUCUGGCUCUUUGGAGCGGCUCCUGUGGGAAGGAGUCCUAAGGAGAGAAUCGAGGACUGGACACUCAUCUGCGUCUGGUUUGCGGCGGAAGAACUGACUUAGGAGGAAGAGAAUAGGGGGGAAGGGGGAGCUAGUCUCAAGAUGGCGGCUCCCAGGGCGGCAGGCGCAGCCUGAGCAGCAGACGCGGAUCAAAGGAAGAGGUUCGAGACCCCACGAGUCGUACGGCGCGAGCCCCCGAGCAGCCCCCGAGAGUUCGAGCUCGUUCCGCUGGCCUCCGGCACGCCUCUGUCCCUCACGAGCGUCGAGCCUGUUCCGGGAGCGGCGGCUGCACUAAGCGCUGGGCGGGGAAGCGGGACGGUCUCAAGAUGGCGGCUCCCACAAUUGUGGUCUGAGCGCCGGCGGGACUGGGACGACCGCGGCGCUGGUGGCUCUUUCCCACCCGCCCCGGAAGCCAGCCAGUACUGGGGACUGGGGGGUGUGGGAACCGGGCCGGGGCUCCGCCAUUUCCGGCGGGGGAGGGCUUCGACUGAGGAAGGGAGGAGAGAGAGGCGGCUCAAGAUGGCGGCUCCCAGGGCCUCCCGCCCGAGCUUGUGAGCGGGGGCGCCCGGGCAAGCAGUCAGGGCGGCGGGACCCGGCGCCCUCCGGCUUCUCGGGCCUUGGCGCGCCGCAGUUUCGGGAGGCUCUUGAGGACACGCGGUGAGCGAGAAGCAGGGGAAGAGCCAGCGGGAAGGAGGGUGGUUAAGAUGGCGGCCUCCAUGGAGUCGUCCACCGCUGUGUGAGGAGCCGCCGCUCCGUGAGCGCUGCCCUAGGGAAAGGGGGUGUGUGUGCGAGGAAUUGGGGGGUUCCUUUCCCGCUCGGUGACUUUCUCGCACCGCGCCCGUGCUCGGAACGAUGGCCUCGGCUGUGUCGCCCGCCAACUCGCCAGCGGUGCUCCUGCAGCCCCGCUGGAAGCGAGUGGUGGGCUGGUCGGGUCCAGUGCCGCGGCCCCGCCACGGCCACCGCGCCGUGGCCAUCAAGGAGCUCAUCGUGGUGUUCGGCGGCGGCAACGAGGGGAUCGUGGACGAACUGCACGUGUACAACACGGCCACCAACCAGUGGUUCAUCCCGGCCGUGAGAGGAGACAUCCCCCCUGGCUGUGCGGCCUAUGGCUUCGUGUGCGAUGGCACGCGCCUGCUGGUGUUUGGGGGCAUGGUGGAGUACGGGAAGUACAGCAACGACCUCUACGAGCUCCAGGCCAGCCGAUGGGAGUGGAAGAGGCUCAAAGCGAAGACGCCCAAAAAUGGGCCCCCGCCGUGUCCUCGACUUGGGCACAGCUUCUCCCUCGUGGGCAACAAAUGCUACCUGUUUGGGGGUCUGGCCAACGAUAGCGAAGACCCCAAGAACAACAUUCCGAGGUACCUGAACGACUUAUACAUCCUGGAGUUGCGGCCAGGCUCCGGGGUGGUCGCCUGGGACAUCCCAAUCACAUACGGGGUCUUGCCCCCACCCCGGGAAUCGCACACGGCCGUGGUGUACACUGAGAAGGACAACAAGAAGUCUAAGCUGGUCAUCUACGGGGGGAUGAGCGGCUGCCGGCUGGGAGACCUCUGGACCCUGGACAUCGAGACUCUGACGUGGAACAAGCCCAGCCUCAGCGGCGUGGCGCCUCUUCCACGAAGCCUCCACUCGGCCACGACCAUAGGAAACAAAAUGUACGUCUUUGGUGGCUGGGUGCCUCUCGUCAUGGAUGACGUCAAAGUGGCCACACAUGAGAAGGAGUGGAAGUGUACCAACACACUGGCUUGUCUCAACCUGGAUACCAUGGCUUGGGAGACCAUCCUGAUGGACACCCUGGAGGACAACAUUCCCCGGGCCCGAGCUGGCCACUGCGCUGUGGCCAUCAACACCCGCCUGUACAUCUGGAGUGGGCGUGAUGGCUACCGAAAGGCCUGGAACAACCAGGUCUGCUGCAAGGACCUCUGGUACCUGGAAACAGAAAAGCCACCGCCCCCGGCCCGGGUACAGCUGGUGCGAGCCAACACCAACUCCCUGGAGGUGAGCUGGGGGGCGGUGGCGACAGCCGACAGUUACCUUCUGCAGCUCCAGAAAUAUGACAUUCCUGCCACGGCCGCCACUGCCACCUCCCCCACGCCCAACCCGGUCCCGUCCGUGCCCGCCAACCCACCCAAGAGCCCUGCCCCGGCAGCCGCCGCACCCGCUGUGCAGCCGCUGACCCAGGUAGGCAUCACGCUCCUGCCCCAGGCUGCCGCUGCGCCCCCCACCACCACCGCCAUCCAGGUCUUGCCGACAGUGCCUGGCAGCUCGAUUUCUGUGCCCACCGCAGCCAGGACUCAAGGUGUCCCUGCUGUUCUCAAAGUGACUGGGCCACAGGCUACAACAGGAACCCCCUUGGUCACCAUGAGACCUGCCAGCCAGGCGGGGAAAGCCCCUGUCACCGUGACCUCCCUUCCUGCAGGCGUGCGGAUGGUCGUACCAACACAGAGCGCCCAAGGGACGGUGAUCGGCAGCAGCCCGCAGAUGAGUGGGAUGGCUGCCCUGGCGGCCGCGGCUGCGGCCACCCAGAAGAUCCCUCCUUCCUCAGCGCCCACGGUGCUGAGUGUCCCAGCGGGAACCACCAUCGUCAAAACUGUGGCUGUGACGCCCGGCACCACCACCCUCCCGGCCACAGUGAAGGUGGCCUCCUCGCCAGUGAUGGUGAGCAACCCGGCCACCCGCAUGCUGAAGACCGCAGCAGCCCAGGUUGGCACCUCCGUCUCCUCUGCCGCCAAUACGUCCACCCGGCCCAUCAUCACUGUGCACAAGUCGGGGACUGUGACGGUGGCCCAGCAAGCACAGGUUGUGACCACCGUGGUGGGCGGGGUUACCAAGACCAUCACCCUGGUGAAGAGUCCCAUCUCCGUCCCAGGGGGCAGUGCUCUGAUUUCUAACCUGGGCAAAGUGAUGUCAGUGGUCCAGACCAAACCAGUUCAGACCUCGGCCGUCACUGGCCAGGCGUCCACAGGCCCUGUCACCCAGAUCAUCCAGACCAAAGGACCCCUGCCUGCUGGGACCAUCCUGAAGCUGGUGACGUCAGCAGAUGGCAAACCCACCACCAUCAUCACAACCACCCAGGCCAGUGGGGCUGGAACAAAGCCCACCAUCCUGGGCAUCAGCAGCGUGUCGCCCAGCACCACCAAGCCUGGCACGACCACCAUCAUCAAGACCAUACCCAUGUCUGCCAUCAUCACACAGGCAGGAGCCACAGGUGUGACAAGCAGCCCUGGCAUCAAGUCGCCCAUCACCAUUAUCACCACCAAGGUUAUGACUUCGGGAACGGGCGCACCUGCCAAAAUCAUCACUGCUGUCCCCAAAAUUGCCACUGGUCACGGGCAGCAAGGAGUGACUCAGGUGGUGCUGAAGGGGGCUCCUGGCCAGCCUGGCACCAUCCUCCGCACCGUGCCCAUGGGGGGAGUCCGCCUGGUUACCCCAGUUACCGUCUCAGCCGUGAAGCCAGCCGUCACCACGCUGGUUGUGAAAGGCACCACAGGUGUCACGACCCUAGGCACGGUGACGGGCACCGUGUCCACCAGCCUCGCUGGAGCCGGGGGCCACAGCACCAGUGCCUCCCUGGCCACACCCAUCACUACCCUGGGCACCAUCGCCACCCUCUCGAGCCAAGUGAUCAAUCCCACCGCUAUCACCGUGUCGGCCGCACAGACCACGCUGACAGCAGCUGGGGCACUCACCACGCCCACCAUCACCAUGCAGCCUGUCUCCCAGCCCACCCAGGUGACACUGAUCACGGCCCCCAGCGGAGUCGAGGCCCAGCCUGUGCAUGACCUCCCGGUGUCCAUUCUGGCCUCGCCCACCACAGAGCAGCCCACCGCCACUGUCACCAUCGCCGACUCAGGUCAGGGUGACGUACAGCCAGGCACCGUGACGCUGGUCUGCUCCAACCCGCCGUGCGAGACCCACGAGACGGGCACCACCAACACGGCCACCACCACGGUCGUGGCCAACCUUGGUGGGCACCCACAGCCCGCUCAAGUGCAGUUUGUCUGCGACAGACAGGAGGCCGCGGCUUCUCUGGUGUCCUCGACAGCGGGGCAGCCAAACGGCAGCCUGGUGCGCGUCUGCUCCAACCCGCCGUGCGAGACCCACGAGACGGGCACCACCAGCACGGCCACCACCGCCACCUGCAACAUGGCGGGGCAGCACGGCUGCUCCAACCCGCCGUGCGAGACCCAUGAGACGGGCACCACCAGCACGGCUACCACCGCCAUGUCCAGCAUCGGUGCGGGACAGCCGCGAGACACACGGCAGGCCACCUGCGUGGCCAGCGCCAGCCCUGCCAUGGUCCGGGUCUGCGCGGCUGCCGAGGCCACGAAAGCUGCCCCGGGUGCCGCCAUCAAGCCCUCGUGCCAAACCCGCCAGACCAGCGCCACCAGCACCACCAUGACUGUGAUGGCAACGGGGGCCCCGUGCCCGGCCGGCCCGCUUCUUGGGCCCCGCCCUGCCCUGGCUGAGCUGGCCCCCAUGGGCAGCCAGGUCCGGCCCAGUGGCCCCGGCAGCAAGGACAGCCCUGCGGCAGGCCUGAGUCAGCUGGGGUGUGCGGUACGCCCAGCGGAGGUGCAUCGCACCCACCUGACCGCCACAGCCCGCCCCACCAUGGGUGCUGGGGAGCUCUCCCUGCCUGUCUACGAGAGCUCGCCCUGCGCUGCUGUGACUGCGGCCACCCUGGAGGCGCUGCUAUGCCCCGUGGCCACUGUGACCCAGGUCUGCUCCAACCCGCCGUGCGAGACCCACGAGACGGGCACCACCAGCACGGCCACUACCUCGAACGCGGGCAGCGUCCGGAGGGUCUGCACCAACCCUCCAUGUGAGACCCACGAGACGGGCACCACCCACACGCCCACCACGGCCACCUCCAGUGGGGGUACAGCAGGCCAGUCGGAGGGCGGGCAGCAGCCCCCCGCCAGCCGCCCCUGCGAGACACAUCAGACCACUUCCACCGGUACCACCAUGUCAGUCAGCGUGGGAGCCCUGCUCCCUGACAGCGCCGCCUCCCACAGGACCCUGGAGGCUGCCGUGGAGGGGGCUGGGCCUCCCGUGGGUGCCCCCCAAGCUGGCACCUCGUUGCUGGCCCCUUUCCCGACCCAGCGGGUCUGCUCCAACCCGCCCUGUGAGACGCACGAGACGGGCACCACCCACACGGCCACCACCGUCACCUCCAACAUGAGCUCGAACCAAGAUCCCCCACCAGCCGCCAGCGACCAGGGAGAGGUGGAGAGCACCCAGGGUGACGGUGUGAACGUCCCCAGCUCAAGCACCGUCACGAGCACCGUGUCCUCCACGCUGACGAGGGCUGUGACCACCGUGACGCAGUCCACACCAGCCCCGGGCCCCUCUGUGCCGAAGAUCUCGUCAGUGACUGAGACUACCCCAGGGGCUCUGACCACCGAAGUCCCCAUCCCAGCCACGAUAACGGUGACCAUAGCCAACACAGAAACUUCUGACAUGCCCUUCUCUGCUGUUGACAUCCUGCAGCCCCCUGAGGAGCUCCAGGCCUCGCCAGGGCCCCGCCAGCAGCUGCCCCCGAGGCAACUCCUGCAGCCCGCCUCCACACCCCUGAUGGGGGAGUCCGCCGAGGUCCUGUCAGCCUCCCAGACCCCUGAGCUCCAGGCCGCCGUGGAUCUCAGCAGUACAGGGGACCCGUCUGCAGGCCAAGAGCCUGCCAGCUCGGCGGUGGUGGCCACUGUGGUGGUCCAGCCUCCCGCGCCCACACAGUCUGAAGUGGAGCAGCUCUCACUUCCCCAGGAGCUGAUGGCAGAGGCCCAGGCGGGCACUGCCACCCUUAUGGUAACAGGGCUCACUCCUGAAGAGCUGGCAGUGACUGCGGCUGCUGAAGCGGCUGCCCAGGCCGCAGCCACCGAGGAAGCUCAGGCCCUGGCCAUCCAGGCGGUGCUCCAGGCCGCACAGCAGGCCGUCAUGGCAGGCACUGGGGAGCCCAUGGACACGUCUGAGGCGGCGGCAGCCGUGACGCAGGCGGAGCUGGGACACCUGUCAGCCGAGGGCCAGGAGGGCCAGGCCACCACCAUCCCCAUCGUGCUGACGCAGCAGGAACUGGCUGCCUUGGUGCAGCAGCAGCAGCAGCUGCAGGAGGCACAGGCCCAGCAGCAGCACCACCACCUCCCCACUGAGGCCCUGGCCCCUGCCGACAGCCUCAAUGAUCCGGCCAUCGAGAGCAACUGCCUCAAUGAGCUGGCCGGGGCUGUCCCUAGCACCGUGGCCCUGCUGCCUUCCACAGCCACCGAGAGCCUGGCUCCAUCCAACACAUUCGUGGCACCCCAGCCAGUGGUGGUAGCUAGCCCUGCUAAGCUGCAGGCUGCAGCUACCCUGACAGAAGUGGCCAACGGCAUCGAGUCCUUGGGGGUGAAGCCCGACCUCCCACCCCCACCCAGCAAGGCCCCCAUGAAGAAGGAGAACCAGUGGUUUGACGUGGGGGUCAUCAAGGGCACCAACGUAAUGGUGACGCACUACUUCAUGCCGCCAGACGACGCUGUCCCAGCCGAUGAAGACUCGGGCGCCGUCCCGGACUACAACCAGCUGAAGAAGCAGGAGCUGCAGCCGGGCACAGCCUACAAGUUCCGUGUGGCUGGGGUCAAUGCCUGUGGCCGGGGGCCCUUCAGCGAAAUUUCUGCUUUUAAGACGUGUCUGCCUGGCUUCCCUGGGGCCCCUUGUGCCAUUAAAAUCAGCAAAAGCCCAGAUGGUGCUCACCUCACCUGGGAGCCGCCCUCUGUGACCUCGGGCAAGAUCAUCGAGUACUCGGUGUACCUGGCCAUCCAGAGCUCGCAGGCCAGCGGAGAGCCCAAGAGCUCGGCCCCGGCACAGCUGGCCUUCAUGCGCGUGUACUGCGGGCCCAGCCCCUCCUGCCUGGUGCAGUCCUCCAGCCUCUCCAACGCACACAUCGACUACACCACCAAGCCCGCCAUCAUCUUCCGCAUCGCCGCGCGCAACGAGAAGGGCUAUGGCCCUGCCACCCAAGUGAGGUGGCUGCAAGAAACCAGUAAGGACAGCUCUGGCACCAAGCCCGCCAGCAAGCGGCCCAUGUCCUCUCCGGAAAUGAAAUCCGCUCCAAAGAAAUCGAAGGCAGAUGGCCAGUGAGAGGCAGCUGCCCAGCACCUGGAUCCUCCAGCCCCCCUCUGCUUCAGGACCGCGCCCACCAGGGCCCCCCCACCCCGGCGCUCACUCUUCCCCCUCGCCAGCCGCUGGCCGCCACUCUUCGUUCUCCCUCUCGCUGUUUUCAGUAACCUAAAGAAAGCACAUUUUCCCGCUGCUGGGGCGGUGGAGGCUGACAGGGAAGAGCAGCGGCCCGGCUCGGCUCCCCUCCAGGCCGGCGCCGCCAAGCCAGCCCGAGCGCUGGGCAGCCAGGAGAGGAAGCGCCUUGGACUGUGUGGGCGGAAGCCCGUAGCCGUCGCUGUCUUCAAGGUGGUGGCCGGGAGCCCAGGAGAGGCCUCCCCAGCAGUCCCGCCCUUGUCUCUCUCAGAGAGGCUUGGGGGCUCCUGGUCCUGUCUUACUUUGUGCCCUUGGCAUUUCCAGCGGGCCCUACCCACCCCUGCUCUGUCCUCGCGCCCCCCUUCUCAGAGGCCUUCGUACCCUCCCCUCGCCCCUUCCUCCUCUUCCCCAUUUCCAAACAUGAGAAGAAAAAGAAAGGGGGAGAAGGCACCUCGCGGCGGCCUGAGCAGCGCUCCGAGCCUGCCUGACUCCCGCCGAGCCUGGCUUCGGCCUCCCCGGGGUCCAGGCCAGGGCCACACCACCAACUGCUGCAUUUGUUGUAUUUUUUUAAGUUGAAAUUGACGGAGUUAACAUUUUUAUUG